CCAUAUUUUCCACAUUAGUUUAGUUGAGAGAGAGACAGUAAAAUCAUUGACUCCCAGACCAGAUAGAGAGAGACACUAUUAGCUUGUCUGGAACGACAAGGGCGAUUUGCAUCCUCCGAUCACUUCCUUGGUUAGCCAUGCCAACUGGCGAUUGCUUCCUUUGCCACAAGGCAGGCCACUGGGCGAAUCGUUGCCCUCUCAAAUCCACAACGACGAUCACUACCGUCGCCGCAGAUUCUCCUCCGGUCAUUCACUGCCCCUGCGACCGCGCUUGCGUCGUUUUGACUUCUAGAACUGUGAAAAACCCUAACCGGAGAUUCUACAAGUGCUCAGCAGUCCCAAGCUGCGGAUUUUUCAAAUGGUGCGACAAAGUGAGUAUCGAAUCGCAGCCGGUAGUCUCCAUCAGUCCUACUUGCCCUUGUGGCUCUGGUCCCUGUAGAAGAGUAACCGUCACCGAAGGACCUAACGCUCACCGUUCAUACUUUGUUUGUUGCAUUAAGAAGGGUUUCGGAGCAUGUGGAUUCUUUCAAUGGGAGAAUGAUGCUCAAAUUCCAUCUGAACAAGUAGGACUUGGUGGUUCUCCUUGUUCUACAUUGUCUGAAUUUUCGGAUGAUGUUAAUUCACUACCUAUUAUUGAUUUGAGUUCGGAUGCUAGUGUAAACCAAGAAUCUAAAGAUGUGGUUAGUCUUGAGACAGGAGAGAAAGUACUCCCUUCACUUGCACCGGAACAUAAUGAAACUCAUCUAAAGGAUUUGGGUAAUUAUUACACAACAAAUAGUAACGAGGGUUAUGCACUGGAGGUAGAGGUAGCUGAAGCAACGAGUCUUUCUAAGAACAUCAUCAAUCCAGUUUCCAAUAAACCAACCAGUCAAUCUACUACGUCUAUUGAAACCGAAGCCUCAUUUUCGGGCUGCUCCUCGUUGAUGGACCUCAUUGAGCAGUAUAACUCGGAGAGGCUCCAUUUCGAGAGUGUUUCUAUGCAACAUGUUGAUGCGUUGACCGCUUUUACGGGUUCGUACAAGAUAUUAGAGUCUCUUCGUGAUACAGCACGUAAUCAGAGCAAACAGCUGAUUGAAGUAGAGAAACAGGUGAAGUUUUACGAAGCCAAGACCUCAGAAUUUGCAGCAAGUCUUGAAGAAGUCUGCGGUGGAAUGACGAUAUCGCAGAAUAAAAUGGUGGAGACGGCAAGGAGAGUAGUGAAGGAAAUGAGUGGAAAGGAAAUUUGCAGCUCCGAAGACGACAAGAAGCUGAAAGGUACAAGGAAGUGAGGAUGGACUAUAUAUAUAUAGUCCACUAAUUAAUAUAUUUUCCCCUUGAAUGUUUAUAUAAUAUUUACAACUAAAUUAAAAAAUAAAAGACUGAAGAUGAGAUGUAUAAUCCACUAAUUAAUGUUCUAUAAACUAAGCAUUAGAACUUGUAAAA